UGCUCCCCCGCGGCAGCGGCUGUUGUUCGGCGCUGGGGAGAUGGAUGCUGGAGCCCGGCCGGGCGGCGGCGCUCCGGGGCAGUCCCGCGAGUACAAGCUGGUGAUGCUGGGCGCCGGCGGCGUCGGCAAGAGCGCCAUGACCAUGCAGUUCAUCAGCCACCGCUUCCCGGAGGAUCAUGAUCCCACCAUUGAGGAUGCCUACAAGAUCCGGAUCCGCAUCGACGACGAGCCUGCCAACCUGGACAUCCUGGACACUGCAGGGCAGGCAGAGUUUACAGCCAUGAGAGACCAAUACAUGAGGGCUGGGGAGGGCUUUGUCAUCUGCUACUCCAUCACGGACCGGCGCAGCUUCCACGAGGUGCGGGAGUUCAAGCAGCUCAUCUACCGCGUGCGCCGCACCGACGACACCCCCGUGGUGCUGGUGGGCAACAAGUCUGACCUGGCACAGCUGAGGCAGGUCUCCAAAGAGGAAGGCUCAGCUCUGGCACGAGAGUUCAGCUGCCCCUUCUUUGAGACCUCCGCUGCCUACCGGUACUACAUCGACGACGUCUUCCACGCCCUGGUGCGGGAGAUCCGCAGGAAGGAGAAGGAAGCUGUGAUGGCCCUGGAGAAGAAGUCCAAACCCAAAAGCAGUGUCUGGAAAAGACUCAAGUCCCCCUUCAGGAGGAAGAAGGAUUCAGUCACCUGAAGAGAGAGAAUUUCCUCUGCCAAACCAAGUCUGUGAGCAGCCUUUUGGUAACCAAAGUUGGGUUCGUGACGAAAGUUUUGCCCAGCGCCCUCCGGACCCAGUGGGGACUCUGAUGGGGGCAGGGUGAUAACUGUGACCAAUUCUUCUUGUUCAGAGUGAUUGUUCCCUUCAGUUUGGACAUUCAACCCAAGCCACUCCUCUGUUCUGUGGGCAUUUCAUGGCACUGUGUUCUGCUGGCUGCAGCAAACGCUGCCUGGAUGUCACCGGUGACAAAGCGCCGAUGGGUUUCUGUCUCUGCACUCUGGGACUGCCUUUGGUCUCUGCCUCCUGGCAGCUGGACUCUGUGAGAAAAACACUGCUGAGGUUCCACCCAACCUAACUGAAGCUGAGUUUUGUUCCUGGUUGAUUGCUCCAGAGGCAAAAAUGU